AUGUUCUCCAUGGCCAUUCUCCCUCUCACGGUAUUUCUCAUCAGCUUACAACUGCACACGACCAUAGCAGCCAUCCAGAAUCUCGCUUUCUAUGGCGUCUGGCUAGGAGCAGGAAGCAAUGCUUCGAUCCUAAGAUUCGAAAGCACACUCAUAAUCCCCUCACCGUCACCAGACACCAGCUUAGAAGACAAUGUCCAAGCUUUUUGGCCUGGUCUCCAGCCCGCAGACAACGAUGGUGUGUUUCAGAACGUGGUUACGAAUCAGGGUGGGAAGGUGGGAGAGUGGCAUCUUCUGCCGUUCUCGUGCUGUAGUCCUGCGAAGGCACUUACGCCGCAGAUGAGAGCAGUCCAUCCUGGCGACUCGCUGACCAACAUUUUCGCCCUUGACGUCCCAACCGGGAAGUGGUACGACAACUACCUCGUGACACCGAACCGUGUUGGCACGGGGAGAGAAGACGGUGCCGUACCGUAUGGUGGUGGAUUCACGUUUGAUCCUAGGGAUGAUGCGGAACUCGGAGAGAAACCAUUCACUAGCACGCUAAUGACCAUCGAAUUGCAAGAACGAGGGAAAUGGAACUUUGGUGCGGUGGAGUGGAGGAACAUCUUGGUGGAAGCGAAUACCACGGAAACUAAGUGGUGUGAAGAUGGGCCAGUCCUAGCAGGUGGCCACAAUUUCAAGAGGAGCUUUUCGAUGCCGACAUGGAAUACUGUCGGAGCUACCACGACGUGCCACAUUGCGCAGAUGAUUUUCGAAGGGCCGGAAAAAAGAAGAUGAAAGACGUGGUUAGGGAUGAUGUUUGAGAUGUUUGUGUGAGUAGGAAAGGUUCGUGGAUGAGGCGCUGGUCGCUUGAUAGUUUAAAUACAACCGCUCCCACCUCCCCAACACUUCGCCAAAGUGGGAGCUGCUUAAAAGAAAAGGCUUCUGAAAGUCGGUUAAAAUGGAUUUCUAAGACACCAUUUGAUUCAUCAAGAUCCAAAUGAUAGG